AUGUCUGGAACAUUUGGCCCCGCCAACAGGGUCUCCUUGGCUGCGACGCGAUGUUCGCAUUGCGGAGGACUGCGCGCAGGCGGAAGAGCGCGGCGAUGGAUGAGCAGCACGCAGACUCCCACCAAGAGGCCCAAGACGGCCAUCUUCUUCCCUGGUCAAGGCGUCCAGCGCGUCGGAAUGAUCAAGCCCUGGCUCGAAGCCUUCCCUCGCACCGCAAAGCCCAUCCUCGAGGAGAUCGAUGCCACCCUCGGCGUGCCCCUCACCAAGAUCAUUGAGAGCGGCACCAACGCCGAGCUGAACCUCACUCACAAUUCGCAGCCCGCCAUCAUGGCCACCUCGAUCCUCAUCCUGCGCGUCCUCGAGCAGGAAUUCGGCUUCAAGACUAGCGACCGGGUGGACAUCACACUGGGCCACUCGCUCGGCGAGUUCGCCGCCUUGGUAGCUGGCGGCUACCUCACAUUCCAGGAUGCGCUGCGCAUGGUGCGGAAGCGCGCAGAGGUCAUGCUGCGCUGCACCAAGGAGGCCGUCGAGCAAGAGGGCGGCGAGUUUGGCAUGAUUGCACUCGUCUGCGAGUCGGAAGCCCACAUGAAGGCCCUGGUCGCCGGCCUCCGCGAGUUCCUCGAACUGUCGUCGCCCAACUACCAGAACGACUCCAACGACGACGUACCCGCUGUCGAGCAGGUCCUCAUCGCCAACAUCAACAGCAAGAACCAGAUUGUGCUGAGUGGUAGCAUUGAGCGGAUGCAGACGCUGUUAACGAAUCUGCGCCAGUUUGGAGGGCACGAUCCGCGAGCAGUACGCCUGAAAAGCGACUCGCCGUUUCAUAGCCCGUUGAUGAAGCCUGCACAAGAGACGAUGAAGCGAAUACUUCACAGAGAGAAAUCGGACGGUAGCGACAUUGUGACGUGGCCGGGCAUCAUGCCCUGCAUCUCCAAUGUCUCCGGCAGGCCGUUCCAGAGCAAGGAUCAGCUGAAAGACCUGUUGUCAAGAAGUUGCGUUGAGACGGUGCAGUGGUGGCGCUCCAUCAAGUACUUGCACGAAGAGGAGAAGGUGAAGAGAUACAUUGGCAUCGGGCCUGGCAAGGUUGGCAGAAACUUGGUUGGAAAAGAGGUCGGUAUGAAGGGUGCCGUCAAGGGCGGUGGCGUUUGGGGCAUCACGACCCCACAAGACAUGGAAGAGGUGGUAAAAGCAUUAGACGACACGGAGAUAUGCGAAGAUGAGUGA